GUCACUUUGUUGACACAUUUAUAAAUGUAAAACGGCCCUUAGGCAAUAACCUCACUUUCAAUUUUUAAUGUCACUGUUGAACACGGCAUUUUGAGGUUUUGAAAAGUCAAAUUUGACGUUAAAGCCUGUUUUACGGUGAAUUUUCAGAAACUGUCAAAAAUUUGAUGUAGAGUCGAAGAUGUAUACUAGUUUUUUUGGCGGACCAUGGUACUAUUGGUACUACUGAAAGUAGUGUCAGUAAAAUACCAGUUUUCGAGGUGUACACAUCGUAAUACUUGGUGGUAGGAAAGCAUACCCAGAUACUUAAACGAAAAAUGGAUGGAAAAUUCGUUUUUACGUGUGAUGUAACGACUAAAACAAUAGAUAAUGACUGCACUCUCAACCCUACAGAUGUCGAAAAAAGAGAACCCCCAUGGUUGUGGGCAAGAAACAACAAAUACAACUUGGAGGAUGUGGAUUAUAGCAAAGUGGGAAAAUGGAUGUUAUUUUUAUCAAAGGCGGAUGCAAACAUGGUAUGGAGCAAAAUAAAGGAAGCUGUAAAAUCGGGAGAUCUUUGGGAUGCUAAAAUUUCAACAUCUGAAGAUUCUGAUCCAUUCCAUGCCGUAAUGAUUUACACCAAGGACUACAGUGAUCUUGAUGAUGUAAUUAGUGUGCUUGAUUUUCUUGAAACGUCGGGUUUAAAACCUCAAGAUAAAAUCAUAAAGUAUAAGACUGAUAACCAAACAAGAGCUGGUGUUUAUUCACGUUUCAAACAAAAGGCAUCAAUAUAUGACUCCCAAACAAUAAGAGAACUAAAAAAGAACAUACGGAUUACUGAUUAUUUUAAGCCAAUGGCGGGUUCAGGAAGCAAUUAACACCAAAAAAGAAAAAAAAUCCUACAUUUAAUGUUAUUGUUCUUAAUGUAUUGUUUGAAUUUUGACACUUUUUGAAAAGUUAGAAAACUUUGUCUUUAAAGACGCAUUAAAUAACACGAAACCCAAUAAUUGUUAACUCUUGUUAUAAAAUUGUAUUUUUUAUAGUAGCAAAUAAAGUAUUUUUUGUAA